CUUAUCAGCAGCAAAACAUCUCGGGGCUAAAAAAAAAAGUGGCUCUAUAUUGAAACUGUAUAUACGUUUCUCUCUAUAUUUAAACACUUAAAUGCUAUUUUCUGCGUGUUGUUAAACCCAGAUGCAGGCUCCUUUAUAAUGAGCCUGCCUGCUUAAACAUUUAUUAGCUUAGAGAUGUAUAGUUUUCCGAAAGCUGGCUGAUUCUUUUUGCAGCAUAUCUUUGCUAAAAAAAAAGGCUUUUUUUUUGUGUACAUGGUCUCAGUCCUUGCAACCUCCUAGAGAGUCUGUCAAGGCGCAACUUAAAAGCUCGUUCAGGCGACCAUGACCCCCUGCUAGCAGAUUGUCUGCCUAAAAGGUAAGGGAAAGCUAAAAAAGAAGUAGAAACUUAAAAGUAGCUUCUCAAAGGCUGCAUAGAUCUUUUUUUUUUCUUUUUUUUUUUUUUGUUAAACCUAAAGUGUUUAAAAGCUUUAAUAUUGAUGGCCUGUCAACUUUGUCCUGAUUCUUUGGCUUUCAGUUAAAAGGUUUUUGUUGUUGUAGCUUAUGCAGUUGCUCUGUUGCUAUGGAAACGUGACAUCAAAAUGACGUUUCUCUGUUUAAAAGCUUUUAACUAAAUUCCUGCCUGUCAGAUGUAGGCCCCAUUUUGUGCACUCAAGCUUCAAGCUGUUGCAAAAAGGUCAGUCAGCAAUGGCUGCAGCAGAAAUUCCCAGUUACAUUGUCUCUUCUCAGACUGAGAAACACAGGAGGGCCAGAAACUGGACUGAUGCAGAAAUGAGAGGUUUAAUGCUGGUUUGGGAAGAAUUUUUUGAUGAGCUGAAACAAACUAAAAGGAAUGCCAAAGUUUAUGAGAAAAUGGCUAACAAACUCUUUGAAAUGACUGGAGAAAUUCGCCACGGAGAGGAAAUAAAGAUAAAAAUUACAAAUAUGACAUUCCAGUACAGGAAAUUAAAAUGCAUGACUGACAGUGAAACUGUUGCACCUGACUGGCCUUACUACAAAACCAUCGAUAGGAUCUUAUCCAAAGUGACAGACCACAGCGAUGUGAAAAUGCAUGAAAACCAGCAACCAGGUCCUUCCACAUCACAGACGGAGGCCUCACAGUCUCCAUCAGCCAAGUCUACACCUCUGUAUUUGCCAUAUAACCAGUUUACAUAUGAAGGAAGGGAAGAGUGCUUUGAAGAUGAACACUCAGAGAGUUCGUCAAGCUUACUUUCUUACAAGCUGAGAGCUGAAGAAAGACCAGUUAAGAAAAGAAAAAUGCAAAGCUGCAGUUUCCAAAAGAAGAAGCUAAAAUUAAUGGAGGCCAUGUUGGAAGAACAGAAGAAGUUGAGUAGAGCUAUGGAAGAAACCUGUAGAGAAGUGCGCAGGAUUCUGGAUCAGCAAAACAUCAUUCAAGUUCAAAGCUUACAGUUACAGGAGAGAAUGAUGAAUCUACUGGAAAAAAUGAUCUCCAAAUCUAAUGUGUAGUUUGCUUUGUGAAUGCCUCUGAGAUUACUAUUGAUAUAAUAGAUAUCCCCUUACUGCACACCGUAUGUGUGUCUGUUGCCCUAUUCCCAGAUUUUUCCAUGGAAAUCAAAACCCUAGUGUAAUCUUAGUUAAGCAGAGAGAACAGAUAAUGCAGAAUGAGAGCUAUCCAGUAUGAUAAAAUUAGUGCAAUAUAUGCAUAAGUUGAAUUAUUUUUAUACAGAAAGGUUAAGGGAUGAAUAGCUCUGGGAACUUCAGUACUAUUUAUGCCUAGGUCAGGUACUGUUAUACAGACAGUGGUGCUGUACAUUGCUUCACAUCAAGGACUAUAGUUUGACCUGUUGUAGAACAAAAUAGUGCAUUUCUAAACAUGGUGAUUGCAUCUUGACUUUGCUGAUGAUUAAACCCAAUUUUGAAACAUACAUUGUACAAGUGACCUAUGGCUCUUGUGAAGAGCUAGUUGGGACCAUGAGAUACAUAAUUUUAAACUGCCUGCCUGAUAUUAAUAGUACUCUAAAGUAUUAGGUUAAAAAUAGUCUAUUCAAAUACACUUUUGAUAUAAAAAGAAACCCCUCAAACCACCUAACUAUAUACUGAAUACUAAAAUGUAUAGAAGAUACUUGAAAUUGCUUUUGAUAUUAAAUGUUUAAUUUUUUUUUCAUUAUUAACUGGAAUCUGUUGACUUAAAGAACAACCAGCAAUGAAAAUUCUCAUUUAUUCUCUAUCACAAAAGAAAACUAUUGUACUGUGUGUAUAUACAUAUAUAUAUAUAAUCUAUCAAAUGAAAUAAAGAAAAAAGAAGAAACUUAUUUAUUAUUGCUGGGCAGAUAUGCUUUGGGACAGUGAAAAAUACUGGGAGAGGUAACCAUAGUCAAAGGCUUUUAAUUCUUAUUUGCAGUGUAAAUAUCUCCUAUACUGAUGCCCAAAAUGUAGAGACGGAAGUAAAGAAGAACAUUCAACACCCCUGCAGUGGCAUUUGCUGUGGCACAGCUUUGGUGUGCAAUUAGAUGUUCUAAGGUGUGGUCUGCAAAGCAGAUCAACAUUGAUACACCACAAGAGGGAGCCGGAGGCAUAAAGGAUUGUAUUUAAAUUGUUGAAGUCCCAGCAAGUAUUCAGCUCUUUAAUGAAAUAUGACAUUGAAAUAACCUUUAAUAUAAAUUCAGAAAUUCGUUGGCUGAAUUUUCUAUAUACCAUUUAUUUUUGCGUCCUUCUUGAAAAUCGUAUUUCUGCUGCUUUCACUGUAUUUCAAGACUGAAGUUCAGAUCCAGGUCUAGAAAGUGUACAAUUAAUGUUAGCACUAGGAGCUCAGGCCAUUUUGCAUUCUCACUGUUAAAUAAUAACCACUCUUGAAACUUGUUUUUGAAGGUGUUUGCAUUUUGCUAUAUAAUUUAAUGCACUGGUGCCUAAGCGAAUGUUAGCUAAACUAGUUUAAACCCCAGAUCCAACCAAUUUGUAAUUAUGGUUGGUGAACAGGAUAAAGGUUAUACUCACCAAGCAAAUUAAUAAUAUGUGGAAAUAUUUCUUAGAAGAUCCUGCAGGUAUGAAGAUUAAGAAUGAUUAAGGAUGUAAAUGUGGUCCAGUUCCUACAGUUUAAUUCAUGAUAACAGGAUAAUGCAAAUGUAGAAGACUGAACCUGCAGAAAAAUGGUGGCUGCUGAAGGAAAAGCUUUUAAGUAACUUUCCUUCACUCCAUCUUUACUCUGGUGAUUGGGUGACUGGGAAAAAGGCAAUUGUCUGGUGUGAUUCUGCAAAGGUAGGGUCAUAGCUGACACUUAGCAAAAGUGAAGUUCCAAAUACUUUUUUUGUAUGGAAACUGAAUGUCAUAUCUGAAAGAGAAUCAUGAAAUUAUAUCUCUCUCUGCAGAACUACUCUUAAAAGCAGGACUAUUCCUAAUGUCAUAUGGGUGACUAGAACACUUGCCAGAGCACUGUCAUACGGGCAUAUAAGAGAGAGGGCAUAUAUGUUGUGUGCUUUGUCAUAGUUUGAUACAUUCCAGAUGUCGAUCUAUUGGGUAGGCUGAUAUAUCCAUGUCACAGUGUUCCUGACACUUCAAUUUGUUUACAGUAAGAUAUAAAGAAACUCUUCCCUAACUCCAUGGGAAUUAAAAAUAUUUACUGAUAUUAUCUACUUGAAUCUUAUAGCAAUUAAAUCCGAUUAAUAAGCAAUAACAAUGGCAGCAGAUUUGAACCUUGCACCUUAGAGUAGAUAGCCAUUCUCCUUGCAUGCUAUGAGAAUUAUAAUUCUGGUGCUGUAGAAAUACAGGAAUGAAGGAAAUCCACUGAUUCCUUCCCUGCUAGCACAAGCAACGAUAUCAUAUAAUCCUUUUGUAAAUCUGUGGACCUGUACCUUAAAAUGAAUUACAUGUUUUGUUCCAAGAAUUAUAUGAAGAGCUGCAUUACAGCUGGGUGAGCUGCAAUUUAGCAGAUUGCUUCAAGGAUUAUUCUGGUCAAUGUAUACUAAUUUAUUCUUGCAUGAACACUGUGAUUUUGCUGCUUUCUGUAGUGUUUACUCUUGAGAACCACAGGUCGAGUCCCAUGCAGCCCUUCCUCAGAAGAAUAACACUCUUUUGUAAGGUAGGGAUUAUUCUGAUGACUGUUUUGCUGAUUUUACUCUUUGAGUUCAUCCUUUUUAAAGGUGAAUGAUUGAGAUGAUAUAUAGCAUUCUAGAUGAGACUUUGAACAUUGUCUUACAUAACUGCAUUAAAGGAAGUAGUGUUUUCUGGAGGUUGUGAGAUUCUGUUUCUCUAUAAAACAUCAAUUUUGUAGUAGUUAAAUUUAGGAGUUUAAAACCUCAUCUCUUUAACAAAAGGCUUUAUUUCCAUCCUUCUGAGUUAUCUGUUUUCUAGUCCUGUUUUUAUCCAGAGAGUGAGCACAGCACUGCUUUAGGCAAAUAGAACUAGUUUCA